UAGAGAGAGGAGCUUUAAUUACAAUUUUCUAAUCUUUAAAUUUUCUAAUCCUUAAAUCUCACAACCGUUAAUAUUUCCAAAUGUAAAUGAGACUAAAGCAAAGAUGUUUCCCCCAUCAUCAGGUGUUGAAGAUAUUGGGAUUUGAAAACUAAAUUUAGAAUUCAGUUCCUUUGAACCCUGAUUCAUAAUAUGACAAAAGUUUUUCCUUAUUUGUUAAAAAAUGUUAAAGCCGGCCGAAGUGUUACCUUGUACUGCUCUGUCUCCGGUCUGAGGAAUCAUAGGGUAUCCUGGAUAAAGUCGGAUACCAAGGCAAUCCUAUCCCUCAACGGUCAACUUGUUACUCAGAACUCUAGAUACCAACUUAGUAUCCAGGACCCUGGAACCUUCCAGUUAACUGUAUCCAAUGUAACUGUUGAGGACAAUGGAACUUAUAUCUGUCAGGUUAAUACAGAACCUCCAGCUAAUCAGGAGAGUACACUGCUUGUUGUGACGUCCCCUCGGUUUACGAAUACCAGUGAAAGUGUGAAACAAGUUGCUCUGGGGAUCACCACAUUUCUCACGUGUGAGGCUGAGGGUGUCCCGAGGCCUACAGUCUACUGGAAAAGAGAAGACGACAUGAAGAUGAUUCUCCAGGAUAGAGGAGAAAUACAGAAAUGGAAAGGGGUUCUUCUUCCUUUAGCUCCCGUAACAAGAAGCUCGAGUGGAAAGUAUGUAUGUAUCGCAAAUAACGGAAAUCCUCCGACAAUAAUGAAGACCUUCACUGUACACGCUAUGUUUCCUCCUGAAGUAGCUGCCAUCAAUUCUUCUCUUGGUGCUGUCAGGGGGAGUGGAGUUGCCCUUGGUUGUUCUAUUCAAGCCUAUCCUCCCCCUACUAUACACUGGAGUAGGAGUAGAGGAGAACUAGAAGGAAUCGCCGACACAAUAGAACUGAGUGAUGAUCUGACGGAAGCAAGGCUUGAAAUUGAUCACGUGACACAUGCAACUUUUGGACUGUACACAUGUAGGGCCAGCAACCAAUUAGGCUCAGCAGAGGCUGUAGUUCUUCUUAAAGAAAAGUUUGAGGAGAGGGUAAAAGAACCAACACAGUCUUGGUGGGAGAACUACUCAACAAAAGAAAAAGAGAAAAAACGACGGAAAGAUAUGGCAAAACUAAGGAGAAAUGAGCAAAGAAGCACGGUGAGAGGGGUUGAAACAUCAAAUACCCAAGAGAGCAGUACAGAGGAAUACACGGCAAUGUUUAGUUCUUCUUUCUCCAUUCAUCCAACCCUGCUCCAUUAUACUAUCCACUCCAUACUAUUCAUGUUCUCCAUUUAUUAGUUCUCCAUUCCUCCAACCUUACUCCAUUAUAGAAUCCACUCCAUUCUAUUCAUGUUCUCCAUUUAUUAGUUCUCCAUUCAUUCAACUCUACUUUAUUUUACAAACUACUCCACUCCAGUAAUCAACUUCUGCUCCAUUUUAUCAUCCUCCACUCCAGUCUGGUCCUCAAAUUUAUUAUUUAAAUGUUUUUAUCUUUGAAAUAUAUCAGUACUUAAAAAA